AUGUCGAAUAUCAUUCUCAUCCUCGGUGGGGGUCCUAAUGUUGGGCUCAGCGUUGCUCGUGUUUUCUCAACAAAGGGUUCAUACAAGACUGUAUCUGUAUCGCGAACUCCCAAAGAAGAGCUCAUUAAAGCGACCGAUCUAUCUCUUCAGGCCGAUUUUACUGAUCCCAACAACAUCAAAAAGAUCUUUGAUGAAGUGAAACAGAAGUUUGGAGUUCCUAAUGUGGUGGUUUACAAUGCCUACGCACAUACACCUAGUUCUGAUCCUCUCUCAAUUCCACUUGAAAAAUUCAACCAAGAUCUCAAUGUAGUAAUUACUUCAGCAUAUGCUGCUGCACACGAGGCUGUAGAGGGAUUCAAAACCCUACCCAAAGGCACCACCAAGACAUUCAUCUACACUGGAAACAUCCUGAAUCGUCGAGUCAUGCCAUCAUUGCUUGCAUUCGGCAUGGGAAAAUCUGCAGCAGCUCACCUGAUCCAGAGUGCCUCGGAAGCAUAUAAGGAAGAUGGAUAUAGAUUUUACUGGGCGGAUGAGCGAACCCCAGAGGGAGAAAUUAUUGGACUCGCAAUUAAUGGUCAGGCACAUGGAGAUUUCUUCUACGAGUUAGCGACUAGUGAGCAACCUUUGCCUUGGGAUGCCACUUUUGUGGCUGGAAAGGGGUACGUUGACUUCCAUGGUAAUUAA